AUGUAUUUAAAGAUCUUAUGUGUGUCCGUGUGCGUGACAAUUGCGCAUACGCUGCGAGUUGGUGUGGGUAUAGCUGACGUCACAGGGCCGCCUGCUGAAAUUGGUUUUAUGGGCUACGCGAACUUUGAACAAAAAGGUCAUGGCAUACACUUACGACAGUUCUCCCGAGCGUUCGUGUUUGACGAUUCAACGAACAACGCUCGCUUCGUGUUCGUCUCUGUGGACGCAGCUAUGAUGGGAAAUGGAGUUAGACGAGAGGUUCUUAAACGUCUGCAAAAACGCUACGGCGACAUAUACAAUGAAAAGAAUGUGAUCCUCAGCGGCACUCAUACGCACUCUACGCCUGGUGGAUUUCUUCUGGACUUCCUCUUCGACCUGACUAUCCUGGGCUUUGUCAAGGAGACGUACGCCGCUUACAUCACUGGUAUACUUAAGAGUAUAAUAAUAGCGCACAGUCGGCUAACUCCUGCAAGACUGGUAUACAAUGAGGGAGAACUACUAGAUGCAAAUAUCAACCGUUCACCAUCUUCUUAUUUAAGAAACCCACCAGAAGAACGUGCCAAGUACAAAUACGACGUUGACAAGACUCUCGCCCAAAUCCGAUUUAUAACACCGAAAAAUGAAAUCCUGGGGGUGAUCAACUGGUUCGCAGUCCACCCCACCAGCAUGAACAACACCAACAAGUUAAUAUCUUCAGACAAUGUUGGAUACGCGUCUGUUCUUAUGGAGAAAGCGCUAAACGGAAACAGCACUUUGCCAGGGAAGGGUCGUAUAGUCUGUGCCUUCGCGUCGACCAACCUCGGUGACGUUUCCCCGAAUACCAGAGGCCCUCGAUGCGAAUUCUCUCGUCUUCCCUGCGACCAGGAGAAACUGUUGUGCAAAGGACAUAAGGAGAGAUGUUUCGCGUCGGGUCCGGGGAGAGACAUGUUUGAGAGCACUAAAAUAAUUGCUACUAAGUUAUUUGAUACCGCUAUGAAAGUAUUAAACCAGCCAGGGGAAGACUUAACUGGACCAAUCGGCGUGGUACACCAAUUCGUGGAGAUGCCCAAACAAAUUGUAUCACCUUACGAUCCAAUUACACAAACAUUUAACGCGAGUGAAAGGGUAUCAGGAUGCUUUCCUGCCAUGGGUUACAGCUUCGCAGCCGGCACUACAGAUGGUCCAGGAGCCUUUGAUUUUAAGCAGGGAACCACCUCCUCGAACCCACUUUGGAACGCCGUCAGAGACUUCAUAGCUGAGCCGACUCAAGAAGACAUUGACUGUCAUGCUCCUAAGCCGAUACUGCUGGCAACGGGACGGAUAAAAUUUCCCUACCAAUGGCAACCUCGCAUAGUUUCGUGUUCAGUGGCCCGGAUCGGAGAGUUCGUUAUGGCGGCGGUUCCAGGCGAAUUCACGACGAUGUCCGGUCGGCGCUUGCGCAGCGUUGUGCAGCACGCAUCAGGUGCUAAGAAAGUGGUGAUAGCGGGACUUUCAAAUAUCUAUUCGGAUUACAUUGCAACGCCUGAGGAGUAUCAAGCACAACGUUACGAAGCCGCAUCCACCAUCUUCGGACCACAUACCCUGGAUAUCUACUUAAAUAAAUACGUGGAACUUACGGACGCACUACUCAAAGGAACCCCAGUGGAGGACGGUCCAGAACCCCCAGAUUUUAACGAGCAGUUAAUCACCCUAGUGCCUCCGGUGUUAUGGGACGCUGCUCCUUGGGGUCACGAGUUCGGAGACUGCGUAAAGCAACCGCAACAGGCGUACAGCUGGGGUGAUACUGUCACCACCAUGUUUGUGUCUGGUCAUCCAAGAAACAGCAUCCGUCAUGGGCGCUGGUUUGCGACAGUUGAGAAGUUAGAAUCGGAAGAAGACGAUGCUUGGACAAUCAUCGCUACUGAUGCUGACUGGGAAACGAAAUUCACCUGGAUUAGAAGUUCAAAGAUUCUUGGCACGAGCCACGCUCAAAUAGAGUGGGAGAUCCCCGAAGGUACUCCCCCCGGGAAAUACAGACUGCAUCACUAUGGAAAUUACAAGUACAUUUUGGGCGGCAUCUACCCCUACCAUGGGUUCUCGGAUAGUUUCGAAGUCACAUAA